GAAUUAGAAGAAACAGAAGGAGAACUGUCGCUAUAGAUUCGAGCUCCAGUAGAACCAGAAUCAGUUGAUAAAGAGAUGCUUGCAACGACAGAGACUGAUGACCAAAUUAGAUCAGAAUUCACUGUUGAAGUUGAAGAAAGGCAAGAGCCUGAGACCGUAGUUACAGAGACCGACCGCCAAGCUAAUUGGAAUCAGUUACUCACGUAGAAGACAAGCAAGUGGUGGAGACUGUGAAGUAGAAAAGCAGGACACUUGACUGCCACCAGAGGCACUGGUGAUCGAGUGGAAGCUGAAUCAGCUGUUGCAGUGGAGACACAGGACCCCAGUGCGACAGAUAAGAAGCACAAGAGCAAUUGGAAGUAGUUGUUAUGUGGAAGAAAGCUGAGACUAAGACUGCUGCAGAGGCUGGCGACCAAGCUGAACCAGAAGCAAUUGUUGAUGGAGAGAAAAACGGAAGCGAGAGCGUAGUCAGGAGACCGCAACAUUUGAGUCUCUUCUCUUGAGCAUGAAAGUGAGGCUGUCAAAUGUGAAGAGGGUCCAGCAGAUGAAUGCUCAGCUGAAAAUGCAAUGGCAUCUGAAGGCCAAUGCAAGACCAAGUUGCAAACAGCAGACAGCGGUGAAUCUCCUGAAAGUCAUGAAGCCAGCUCUAUCUGUCGCCUUGAUGGCGUGGUGAAAGAAGCUGAAUCAAGUGCUGAUCCAGAAAGUUCGAAAAACUCAAGUGUGUGUCAUGUUGGUGACCAGGAAUUGAUGAAAAGAAGUCGAAGUGAAAAUAAAUCUGCUGAAAUGUUGAAACCGGCCCCCAGACGCUGAAACAGGCAUACACAGUGCAGAUGAGCCUGACCAUCAGGUCCUGUCAGUGAUGCGGAUCUAGAACCAGAACUAAUAAAUGCAUAUGCUAAGAGUGAAGUUGAAGCUGAAAACGUUGUCGUUUGUUCCAAUAAUGAUACAUUUUUGCUAGAGACUAAAGUUUGCAAUGAUGUGGAAAUUGAGAAAGAUGUUUCUACUAAUCAUGCUGUUGCAAGGAAAUCAGAACCUGGGAUUGAAAAUGACUCUGCAGAAGUUGGUGAAUGUUUGGCCAGCGCUGUUAAAGGUAACCAAGCUAUAGGUAAGGAUGAUGAUGAAGAACCUAUUCAUAAGGAAGUUGAAACUGUCAAAGAGAUCCAGGCUUCACCAGAGGAUCCUAGUGGGACAUCUGUUGAGGAGAGAAGGUGGAUACACAGGUGGUCAAAUGGCAGCCAUGUUACAUUAUUAGAGUCCCUAGAUUCACUGAUGAUGAGCUAUGGGCGCAAAUAAAGCAUGCUCAAUUAGAACUAGAAGAGAAGACGCGAAGCAGGGAUUCUAUUGGUGUUGCAGUUCAAAAGAAAAAGGCAAUUUGUAAUGAAUACCGAGAAAAGCUAGAAACUGCAAAAGCAAAAGAGAGAGCUGCAAGAGCUGCAUUUAAUGCUAAGCGACAAGAAAUAGAAUCUGUCCAGUCAAUACUUAACAAGUUAAAGAAUGCAACCUCGAUUGAAGAAAUUGAUAGUAAGAUAGAAGCAAUGGACCAUGAAUUUCAGCAUUCGACCAUGGGCUUGAAAGAAGAAAAACAACAUCUGCAUAAUAUUAAACAGCUGAGACACCAUCGUGAACAGCUAUCUUCCAUUAUGGGCCCGAAGUCAGAGAUUGAUAUGGCAUUUGACCAAAGAGACCAGACUGAAGAGCGCUUCAAGACUUUAAAAAAGGAUUGGAUUCCCUUAAAGCUGAUCUAUCAGAAGCAGAAACAAAGGGAAAAGCGGUGCGGAAAGAAUAUGAUGUUGAAGUCCAACAUUUGAGGGAUGUACAAGAACAAUUUAGAACAGCUGAUGAGAUUCGUCAAAAAGCAUAUGGACACUGGAGGUAUCUCAAAAAUGAGUCGAUGGCGAAGAGCAAAUACUUUCAUAUGUACAAGAAUGAUCAGAGAGCUGCAAGCGAACUUUAUAACUUCCGGCGAUCGAGAGGGUCUGCAGUUGCAUUGCAGCAAACAGGUGGAAAAAAUUAUGGAGCUGUGGAACAACAAUGAUGAAUUUCGCAUGCAGUAUAUGAAAUCCAACAAGAACAGCACAUUGAGGAGAUUGAGGACAUUGGAUGGAAGAUCGCUUGGCCCAGAUGAGGAGCCACCCGCACUACGUACUACCAUAGACAAAAGCUCAAGCUUUGCCUCAAAUAACCCACCCGUAGCCAUUGGAGCUUCAGAAGCAAAACCAGGAAAUUUGGGCCACACUGGCUCCUCCUAAAGAGGAGUCAUUUCCAGCCUUGCAAACAGCACAAACAAAUCAUUCUUCCAAAUCCAAAAAAUCUAUGAAACCUAUGCCAAAAGAAACCAUCAUGGCUGCAGUUUCUGACAGAGAAGAGGUAGAAACUGCUCCAAAAGAGAAGAGUCGAACAAAAGAGGAAGAGGAACAGGCAAGGAAGGCAGAGGAGUUGGCUAGGAAGGAAGAGGAGUUGAGAAAGAAAAGGGCUGAAGCUGAGAUGAAGGAACGGUUGCGAUUGGAGCAGAAGGCCCAAAGCCAAGGAGGCUGAGGAAAGGAAGAGGCGUAAAGCUGAGAAGGCCCAAGCCCGAGCUGAAUAUCGAGCACAGAAGGAAGCUGAGCUCCAAGAAAAGAAGAAUUAAAGAAGGAGAAAAGAAAGUAUCAGCCAAGUCAGACACAACAAAUGAAGGUGUUGAAGAUGGUGCGUCUGCUGCCGAUGGUAGUCUGCCUGAAAAUGCUCCGGAAUCUGGGGGCCGAUCAGUAACUGCUUCAAAGAGGCCUUCAAGGCCAUUGAUAGCUGCAAAGCAUUAUAAUAAGAUACAACCUCUUCCCAUGCCCCUCCGUAACAGGGGUAAGAGAAAGAUGAGUACAUGGAUGUGGGUGCUCCUGACAACUCUACUGGUACUUGCAUUGUUUUGGGCAGGCAACUACAUCUCUUUCAGUUUCCAGCCUCCACAAUUUGGCUUUUGAGCAUAUUUAUAUAUUUACACAUAUUUAUAUAUAUUUGUUAGUUACGCGCUAUAGAGGUCAGGAGAGGUGUUACCAAUAGAUCAAUGGCAGCCAUUCUUUUGUGCACUACUCAUUAAGCCUUUUCAUUUGGAGUGUUCUCAUUUCUAUAGUUUGCUCCUUUAGUUUGCAAUUGAGAUUCAGAAUGUUGAUACCUAUCAUCAUUUGAUUUGGACAGAUGCUUAAUUAAUGUGUUGUUUACAUCCAUAAUAAUAGCAAUAAUAUGAUUCAUGUGCCUGCAAUUUAUCUUUCAAAUCAAUCAGUAUAUUGUUCCUCUGGUACCCCGUUUUUUAGCAACUUUUUUUUUCAGAGUUCCCAUUGUAAUAAUAGGAUGGAUGGUUCAUGAAGGUCCGAUGGUUGUAACUUUUAGAUUGCAGUGAAUAUUUUUAUUAUUCUGUCUGUACUAUGUAAUUGUAAUAGCGAGACCUAAGCUUGCUAGCUGCAAAAACCUUGUGAUUUAGCUUAUUGUCUUAAUGUAGCUUUCAUCCUUGUAGUUAUUGGCUUAUCUCUAUAUUUAGGUUGGAUGCUUACUGUUGAUCAGGUGGUGUCCUUUUCCUUGAAUGCCUUUGAUAUUUUCGGUUCAAAAAUAUUACUGGUUCGAAAUUUGAACAGUCUCGAACCCCUGCAUCAGUAUCAAAACAUGCAAGCUCUGGUGUUUAUCCAUAUCAGUUCCAAGAAAAGGUUGAUUCGCCAAGUGGCAAAGCACAGGGAGUGCAACAUCCAACACCAUCGGUGCGGCACAUUCAUGGUUGAGUAUGGUAGAGGAACUGGCCACCUCUUUCUCUGAGACCAUGUUUUCUUCAAGGUUUCUUUCCCUGGUGUGAGACCUGCUUAUAGGAUGUGUUCAAGUAUAUUGCUCUUCAUCCUUGGAUGCAACUAGUAAAAUCUACGAAGGUUUAAGCAUGGUGGGGUGCACUUCACCUUGGUUCAUGGCUUCCAUCUCCUCCUGUCACAGAGUGAGGUGCAUGUUGUUUAUAUGGGCAGCAAAAGCAGUGACAGUCCUGAUGAGAUUUUGAGGCAAAACCACCAAAUGCUCGCGGCUGUUCAUGGAGGAAGCUUGGAGAAAGCCCAGGCGUCGCACGUCUAUAGUUAUAGUAAUGGUUUCAGAGGAUUCGCUGCGAAGUUGAGCAAAGAACAAGCUUGUGACAUUGCUGCGAUGCCGAGUGUGGUCUCGGUGUUUCCAAACCUUAAGAGAAGUUUGCAUACAACACAUUCAUGGGAUUUCAUGGGCCUUGCAACCAAUGAGGCGAUGGAGAUCCCGGGAUUCUCUACCAAGAAUCAGGAGAAUGUUAUCAUUGGAUUUAUUGACACUGGAAUAUGGCCAGAAUCCCCCAGUUUCAGUGAUCACGGGAUGCCCCCGGUGCCUUCGAGAUGGAAAGGGAAAUGCCAAAUGGGAGAUUCAUUCACAAAUUUCUCCUGCAACAAAAAAAUAAUUGGAGCAAGGUACUAUCUGAAUGGAUAUGAAGCAGAAGAAGGAAGCAGUGAACUCCCCAUCAAUUCAGAUAUGACUGUGAAGUCUCCUAGGGACAGCUCUGGCCAUGGUAGUCACACAGCCUCAAUUGCCGCCGGUCGACAUGUUAAGAACAUGAAUUAUAAUGGCCUGGGGGCUGGUGGUGCUCGAGGAGGGGCACCAAUGGCCAGGAUUGCAAUCUACAAGUCCUGUUGGGAUGCCGGCUGUUACGAUGCAGACUUACUAGCAGCAUUCGAUGAUGCAAUUAGAGAUGGAGUAGACAUAAUAUCUGUGUCAUUAGGCCCCAAUUCUCCACAGCGAGAUUAUUUCAGUGAUGCAAUCUCUGUGGGUUCAUUCCACGCUGCUAGACAUGAUAUUCUGGUUGUUUCUUCAGCUGGAAAUGCUGGAAUUCGAGGCUCUGCAACUAAUCUUGCACCAUGGAUGCUCACUGUAGCUGCCAGCUCGACAGACCGGGAAUUCGCUUCGCACAUCUUACUUGGUGGUAAAAAGAAAUUGAUGGGUGAAAGCUUAAAUACCUUCAAAAUGAAAGCAUCAGCAAGAAUCAUCUCGGCUGCUGAAACCAGUCAGGGAUACUUCACUCCAUAUCAAUCAAGUUUCUGCUUGGAUAGCUCCUUGAAUAAAACAAAGGCCAGAGGGAAGGUUCUUAUUUGUCGCCAUUCCGGCAGCCCAUCUGAAUCAAGGCUAGCGAAGAGUCUGGUGGUGAAGAAAGCUGGAGGUGUGGGAAUGAUUCUGAUAGAUGAAGCAGAGAGUGAUGUUGCAGUUCCUUUUGCGAUCCCUGCAGCUUCUGUUGGAAGGGCAGAUGCUGCAAGAAUCUUAUCUUAUGUCAACCAAACAAGGAAACCAAGAUCACUUAUUUUGCCUGCAAAGACCAUAAUAGGAUCUAGACCAGCUCCUCGGGUGGUAGCAUUUUCUUCCAAAGGUCCCAAUUACUUGACACCAGAGAUUUUGAAGCCUGACAUCACAGCUCCAGGACUGAAUAUCUUAGCAGCUUGGUCUCCUGCAGAUAAGAAGAUGAACUAUAACAUUGUCUCUGGAACUUCUAUGUCAUGUCCCCACGUAACAGGACUUGUGGCUUUGAUCAAAGCUGUACACCCAGCAUGGUCUCCUUCAGCGAUAAAGUCUGCAAUAAUGACAUCAGCAACUAUGUUGGAUAGGAAUGGCAAUGUCAUAACAGCAGAUCCUGAUGGAAGAGCAGCAAACCCAUUUGAUUAUGGCUCGGGCUUUCCAGAUCCCUCAGGACUCCUUGAUCCUGGUCUUAUCUAUGAUGCACAAGCUGCAGAUUACAAGGCUUUCUUAUGUUCAGUUGGUUAUGAUGACAAGUCUUUGCAGCAAAUAACAGGAGACAACAGUGUCUGCAUUAGACCUUCACCAAUAGCUUCUAACCUGAAUUAUCCAUCAAUUACAGUACCAGAUCUUAAGAGUAGCUACUCCAUCACCCGAACCGUGACAAAUGUAGGGCAACCCCGAUCUGUCUAUCGAGCUGUAGUGUCUCCACCGACUGGCAUCAAUGUAACUGUGAUUCCUGAAGUUCUCAUUUUUAAAAGCUAUGAUCAGAAGAUAAACUUUACAGUGAAUUUUAGGGCUGUUGUUCCAUCGAAGGACUAUGUGUUUGGAUCAUUAUCAUGGAAGUCUAAAAAAUUCCAUGUAACAAGCCCAUUGGUAGUCAGAGUAUCUUCUUCUAACACAGGCUUGUUAUGAUGAGUUGGUCCCUUAGAUCAUUUUUCCUUGGCUUGGGGAUCCUUGCAGUAACAAGAAGAGAAGAAAAAAAUAUAAGGCGACGAUACAGUGUUUCUCAUGUGGAAGUGGUUCCUGACUAGUGUUGAUACAACAAGAGAGCAAACAAAGUUCUGGGAUUGCAAGUCUUGAACUCUAGAAUCAAAAGAAUAUUUGGGUGCAGUUGAGUGUAUAUCAUCCAUAUGUUCUGAUCCACUCAGUAUGGCUUUUAUCUGUAUUUUCCUACAUUACCAAAAGUAAGCUGUAUUGACAUUUAUAUUCCUUGAAUUCAAGUAAUAUCUGCAUAAAAAUGAAUGUCUGAUAAUAUGCAGUUCUAAUCGA